AUGCUAUCAGCAUGUGAUCUACUCCCAGGACCUUCACACGAAAAUGAAGAUGAAAGCGGUAUUUGGCAAUCAACUACGGAUGGCGGUACAUUGGCACAUAACACCGCGUGGCGUAAUACUUCUCCCGCAGCUACCGCUACGCUGGAAUAUAUUCUUAUGGCACCAACUUCGGCCGCAAUACCAUUACAUGAGCAACCAGUAACAUUUCUCAAUCAGAAUCGACCGUAUGAAAUUAAAUGUCGUAAAUGUGCAUUUGAGCCAUGUUCAGAUAGACAAGAAUCAUGCUACAGGACAGUGAUAACCAUUUGUUUCGAUAACAAGAAGUUGCGUUAUCAGAUGAAUGAUUUAAUGGAAAUAUGGAAGACGAAAAAUCCAGGAAAACGUUUCUUCACAUUAGAUAUGCCACGCUGUUCAAAUGUGUCGCACGUCAAGUAUGCAUUGCGUUCAGCUGAAUUUGUAUGGGAUGGUUCGCUACCGAAUGCUGCUGUGUUUAUUAAAUUUUUCGUUUUAAGCUCCGAUUUUGUCGAUAGCUGUGGUGAAAAGGGCGAACCAUUUCGGCUCGUUUUCCAAACUUAUUGUUGGAGAUCAUCGGAGCUUUUACAACAAAAUAGUUCGCUAAUUCAAAUUUUCAAGCUUCGCGGCGCCGAAAGGAAAAGAAGAACAGAACGGAAGAAAGCAACAAUGCAUGCGAACCAAGAGCAAUACCAGCCAUCAUAUGAUUACACCUUUUUGUUGGGUGCAGAUUUUGAUUAUGAUGUAGAUAAUGAAGGAAGAGUAACUCCCACCGAACAAGUCGACUAUAUUGGGGCUUCUUUGGGAAGGAGUAGACUUCUACGCGUUCCAACUGCGUUAGAUGAUAUGGAACAAGUGAUAGCGAAAAGGCAUUGUAGCCAGUCAGUGGAUAGUAAUUAUUCGCGAGAGAACUCAGUAACUGAAACAGAUGUCACUGAAGUGCGUAUUUGUGUUAAUCAUUCGGCAGCUUUCGUAGCGAAAUGGCUUAAAUCGCAUCGUUUCAUCAACUGCGCUCAUAUUUUUGACAAUUACAACGGAGAGGAUAUCCUUCGACUAAGCAUACUCGAUUUGAUCUCUUUGAUUGAUGAUAAACCCGAAGCCUUACGUUUAUUCCAGGCAUUACGCAAGAAAGCGAUUGAACCACAAAUAAUCAUAUACACGGCAAUAGAAGGAAGCAGCAUAUACAACAUGGUGAAACUGUACAAUGGAACUUUGGAUGAGUUAAAGGAGAAAAUGGAAAAAAUAACCGGUAUUGCAGUGAAACAAAUAUUCGUUCGCGGACCGCGGAACAUUUUGAUCCGUGUUACUGAUCAGGUUAUUGAAAGUUGGCAAAAUGAAUCAAUAUUUCGGAUAGUGCGGACAGAUAAUGAAUGCACGUUAGUAGCAGAAACGUGA